GCGCAAUGUGCCUGCUGUGGCUGCUGCAGCAGCAGAAAGUGUGUCACUGGGGCACGAGGCUCUCCCUCGGAGUCACAUGGUGGAUACUCCAGUGCCGCGUGCUGGCGUCUGCGCAGCUGCAGGCACAGAGGGAGACGAGAGGGAGAGAGCCCUGGCACAGUAAAAUUUUGCAGGCAAGGAAGAGGUAGGAGUAUAGUGAAGCUCCCGGGCUGGUGCGAGAAACCUUACAUACUCAGCCAGCCUCGCGCGCUUUCCUCUUUGCAGUCUGGUUCUUAGUGCAAAUACAAUUUUUUAAAAGACAGAUUUCCACCACCAUUCAGUGCAAGCUGGCUUGUUUUAGCAGCUUUGCAGCAUAACUUGGGGAGGACGAGAAGAGGAGGAGGAGAAGGGGGCAGCCUCUGCUUCCCCUCCCUCCGUUCUCGCCAACCGAAUCUAAGCUCGCUUCUUUGCUCGAAAUGAAUGACAGCUGUCAGCUGAACAGGAUGGCAACUCUGGACACGAACAACAACGCCCCAGGUGGUGUGAUCAGCUACAUUGGCUCAAAUGGUUCUUCACCAAGCCGCACCAGUCCCGUCUCUCUCUAUGGCAGUGACAGUUCCAAUGGCAGUUGUCAAAUGUCCUCGCAACCCACCUUCCCCAGCUACUUUCCACCCUCGCCCACUGGGUCUCUGGUGCAGGACUCUGGACGCGUGUAUGGGAGUAGUUUGGCUGGGCUAUGUGGUGAUGCUUCCCCUUCCUCCUCUUCGUCCUCCUCCUCCUCUUCCUACAGCUCUGGAGGCUCCCCAGUGGGGCUGCAGGUGACCAUGGAUGAUGGGAGGCGCGUCUCCCCUACCAAAAGCACCAGCAGCAGCAUCACAAAGCUCAACGGAAUGGUCCUCCUGUGCAAAGUCUGUGGGGAUGUUGCAUCUGGGUUCCAUUAUGGUGUCCAUGCUUGUGAAGGAUGCAAGGGUUUCUUCCGGCGCAGCAUUCAGCAAAACAUCCAGUACAAAAAGUGCCUCAAGAAUGAGACCUGCAACAUCGUCCGCAUCAACCGGAAUCGCUGCCAGCAGUGCCGCUUCAAGAAGUGUCUGGGGGUUGGCAUGUCCCGAGAUGCUGUCCGUUUUGGUCGUAUCCCCAAGCGUGAAAAGCAACGGAUGCUGGCCGAGAUGCAGAGUGCCAUGAACAACAUGGCUAACAACCAACUAAGUGCACAAUGCCCACCUGAGAGCUUAUCGAUGGGACUGCAACAGCCCACCAACCCCCUGCUGCCCUGCCACCAACCCCAACUGGCAGCCCACUCCCCACCACCCCACGCAGCCUCGCCACCCCAGCCAUCUACUUGCUUCUCCCAGUUCUCUCAGCAAUUGACGCCCCCACGCUCCCCAAGCCCUGGCGAUGUCAUGGAAGAUGUCAUUUCGCAGGUGGCCAAGGCUCACAAGGAGAUUUUUGUUUAUGCUCAUGACAAACUGGCCACGGGGACCCCACCAUCCUUGGGGAGUGAGAACUCUCUCAGUUGGGAGAACAACUGGCUGAGUAAUGGCUACCACAGCAAUGGGCUCUGUCAUCAGAAUGACAACUGGAACUCUGGCUCUGCCCCCAACAAUACGUGUCACCAGAAUAACAUCAAAGGACAUCGGUUUUGCCCCUCUGGCUAUCCUGGGGAGAGAGAUCCUUCCAUUGGACAAGAGGAGAGAGAUCCUUCCAUUGGACAAGGCUGCCAACGACAAGGCAAGCCCAGAGAUAUACUCUUGGCAUGCCCUAUGAAUUGUCACCCCCAUGGUUGCAGCGGCCGCACAGGACAGGAGAUUUGGGAAGAUUUCUCACUGAGCUUCACACCUGCUGUUCGAGAGGUUGUGGAAUUCGCCAAGCAUAUCCCUGGUUUCCGAGAUCUCUCACAGCAUGACCAGGUCUCCCUACUCAAAGCAGGCACAUUUGAGGUGCUGAUGGUUCGGUUUGCCUCCCUCUUCAACGUUAAGGAGCAGACAGUGACGUUCAUGAGUCGUACCAAGUACAGCCUUGAGGAGCUUUGGGGGAUGGGGAUGGGCGACCUGCUAACAUCCAUGUUUGAGUUCAGCGAGAAGCUUGGUGCCUUGGAACUCUCUGAAGAAGAGCUUGGCCUCUUCACAGCUGUAGUGCUGAUCUCUGCAGAUCGUUCAGGGAUUGAAGACCCAGCAUCCGUGGAGCAGCUGCAGGAGACGUUGAUCCGGGCCCUGCGGGCUCUCAUCCUCAAGAACCACCCCCAGGAAACUUCCCGUUUCACAAAGCUGCUGCUGAAGCUUCCUGACUUGCGCACCCUCAAUAACAUGCACUCGGAGAAGCUGCUGUCCUUCCGUAUAGAUGCUCAGUAGAAGAUGGGGAGGGUGCUUGCCUGCCCUCUUGUCCUGCCCUCCCUGCAUCGUUGCACUAACCAGACUGCUCUCUGGGCCUGGACCCAGCUAACUAUUUAUACUGGUGUAGCAGCUGCUGCCCCCACCUGCUCAGAAGCAAGCAGCACAGCCAUUUUUUGUAAAUAUUUCUCUGUAUAUUGGAGUUGUGUGAGUAGAGUGGCACUCUUCCUUGCCGUGGCACUGGCCACACAGGAAUAAUAUAUUGAAAGCAGAACUGCC